AUGGCUCCUGUUGCUCCUCGAUCUGGCGAUGCGAUAUUCGCAAACAUCGAACGCGUUAAUGCCGAGCUAUUUACUCUGACAUAUGGGGCAAUUGUGCGGCAAUUGCUUACAGAUCUGGAAGAGGUUGAGGAAGUCAACAAGCAGCUAGAUCAAAUGGGUUAUAAUAUUGGAAUCCGUUUGAUUGAUGAGUUUUUGGCUAAAUCUAAUGUCUCAAGGUGUGUUGAUUUCAGAGAGACAGCUGAUGUGAUUGCAAAGGUUGGUUUUAAAAUGUUCCUUGGUGUUACUGCAUCCGUGACCAAUUGGGAUGCUGAAGGGACUUGUUGUAGUAUUGUUUUGGAAGAUAAUCCUUUGGUGGACUUUGUUGAGCUUCCUGACAACUACCAAGGUCUGUACUACUGCAACAUAUUAAGCGGAGUUAUUAGAGGAGCUUUGGAUAUGGUAUCAAUGAAGGCUGAGGUCACUUGGCUACGUGAUGCGCUUCGAGGUGAUGAUGUGUUUGAGUUGCAAGUAAAACUUCUCAAGCAAGUUCCAGAAGAGUAUCCAUAUAAGGAUGAUGAGUAG